AUGGCCAAGGACGCGUAUGAGGCUAGCAGGUCCCCGGAGGAGUUCGUGUCGGUCCGGUCCCGGCCCCCGGUCAUCAUCCUCCUCUCCACCGUCCUCUUCUGCGCGGAGACGGCGGCCGCCUGCUGGGUGUCGGCGGAGUACAGCCGGUCGGAGGACGAGGUGUGGAUGGCUCUGACUAUCGUCUUCAUGCUGGUCCCCUCCAUCGUGGUCCAACUCACCCUGAGCUUCAUCCACCGGGACCUGGGCGGGGAUCGCCAGCUGGUACUGCUCCUGCACCUGCUACAGCUGGGACCCAUCAUCAGGUGUGUGGAGGCGUUAAUGAUAUACUGUCAGAUGGGUCGUGAGGAGGAACCCUAUGUGAGCAUCUCCCGAAAAAAGCAUCUCCGCAGCUGGGGGGUGUUUGAAGAAGAGGAACGAGAGGUGGGACACACUCUGCGGAAAAUGGCCACGCAUCGGAAUGCCUUCAAGCGUACGGCUGUCAUUCAAGCUUUUCUCGGCUCCACCCCGCAGCUCACCCUUCAGUUGUAUGUCACCGUCAUGCAGAGAUAUGUACCCACCACACGAGCUGUCCUCAUGGCGAUGUCUCUGGCCUCCAUCACCUACGGCGCUUUGGUUCUCAACAUCCUGGCCAUCCAGAUCAAAUACGAUGACUACAAAGUCCAGUUUAGCGUGCCAGCAUUCAUCUGCAUCAUUCUGUGGAGGUCCUUGGAAAUAGCCACCCGCGUUACUGUCUUGGUGCUCUUCUGUGCAGCGCUGAAAGCUUGGGUGGCCAUCGUGGUGGUGGUGAAUCUGGUGGCCCUCUUCCUAUUGCCGUGGGUCAACUUUUGGAGAAGUGGGAACAGCAUCCUGGAGAACGUGGAGAAGAACUUCAGCCGGAUAGGCACCAUGAUCGCCUUGGGUACCGUGACGUUAUUAUACUCCGCCAUCAAUAUGUUUUGCUGGUCAGCGGUCCAGCUCAACUUGGCCGAGCGAGACCUGAUUGACCAAUCCCAGAAUUGGGGAAGACUCUGCCUCCACUACACUUUUCGAUUACUUGAGAACGCGGCUCUGGUUAUACUCUGGUAUUUUUUACAAGGAGGAUGGCUUUGA